AUGGUGCGGGAACCCAGAUUCUUGAACCUGUCUGCUUGGGCCCGACCUAGAAAUCUAUCAGCUUGGUUUGCAGUAGCACGGGAUCCUCUAGGACCAGAGCUUGUGGACUUUGUGCGCACUCUCUUGGCUGGGUUCAUCUGUGUGGAUCCUCCUUUGAAGAAAUGCGAUGUAACUCAAACAUGUGUGGAUACAACUGAUGUUUUUGUAACUGGUCAAAAAUUUGCUACAAGAGAAGAGGCGAUAAGUUGGAUUAAGGAGGUUGGAAUCAGGAAUAAAGUGACAGUUAUAAUAGCUCGUUCAGAUAUCAAAACAGGCAAGAGAGGAAGAAGUGAUAAAUUAGUAUUUGGUUGUGAUAGAGGUGGAAAAUACAAAAAAACAGAUAGCGAAACCCAAAGUGCUAGUAAGAGAUGUGGUUGUCCUUUCAAAAUUAGGUCAACACUGUCGAAAUAUGGUUCUGGAUGGAAGAUCGAUGUAAAAUGCGGAGUACACAACCACGGCUUACCUGAUAGAUUUGAAGGUCAUGCUUUCGUAAGUCGACGAAAUACAGAUGAUAAGCAACAUAUUGUUGAUUUGACAAAACGCCAUGUUCCACCAAGACACAUAUUAUUGUCAUUGCAAGAGCGUGACCUGGAGAAUGUCACUCGGAUCACGCAAAUAUACAAACAUAAGAGUAAGAUACAAAAAUACAUAAGGGGUCCUAGAACAGAAAUACAACAAUUGCUCAAGUUGGUUAAAGAAUCAGGUUAUGUUUACUGGAGUAGGAAAAAGGAUGAGUCAGAAGUUACAAACAAGUACAGGCAACCGUUGUUUGAAAUAGUUGGUAUGACAUCAACUAAAUUAACAUUUGCUGUUGCAUUUGCCUAUAUGGAAUCUGAGCAGACAGAGACUUUUUGUUGGGUAUUGGAUAAGUUGAAACAGUUGUUUAUCAAGCAGGAUAAUUGUCCUCAAGUAAUCUUGACUGAUAGAGAUCUUGCUUUAAUGAAAGCCAUUGAAACAGUAUUUCCAAAGACAACUAAUUUGCUUUGCCGAUUUCACAUCAACAAAAAUGUGAAAUCAAAGUGUAAGGAACAUGUUGUGGAUGAUAUGCGAGAAACAGUGGAGAAAAUGUGGUUUGAACUGAUAAAGGCUGGUGAUGAGAUGGAGUACCAUCAACGGUUGAAACAACUUGAGGAUGCAUGUGUUGACUCCAAAGGUUUUAUUGAUUAUGUGAAUGAUACAUGGUUGACACCGCACAUACAUCGAUUUGUCGAAGCAUGGAUCAAUCAAGUGUUACAUUUGGGCAACACCACAGCAAAUAGGGUGGAGUCUGCGUAUUGGAAACUUAAGCAAAUGUUAGAGAAUAGCUUAGGUGAUUUAUGCAAAUGUUGGGAGGCUAUGAAUGACAAUAUCAAGAUACAAGUCGGCAACAUUAUAGCUUCAUUUCAGAAGAGUUUUUAUGAAGUUGAGCAUGCACAUACUAGUCCUUUUUAUUCAAAUUUGUGUGGUUCAGUAUCAAGAGCUGCAUUGAGGCAGAUUGUUGAAGAGUGGUUGAGGAUUGACAUGGUGGGUACCGAUACGCAAAAGUGCGGAUGUACUCAUAGAAAAGUAUAUGGGUUACCAUGUGCUUGUGAGUUAGGGAGAUAUACAUUGAGUGGUGAUGCGAUACCAAUUGAGGCUAUUCAUAUUCAUUGGAGGAAACUAAGUAUGGAAGGAAAUCAAGAUAUAGAUGCAGAUGAUGGAUCAGAAAUAGACAUGACAAAUGCAAUCGAUGAAAUUUGGAAAAUGUGGAGGUCAUUAGAUGUUGUCGGAAAAAGAGCAUUAAAAAGCAGAGUGUGUGAGAUUGCUUAUCCAACUACAACAAAGAUGUGUCCACCGCCUGAAAAAAUUAAAACCAAAGGAGGGGUUAAGAAAAAAGGGAAGAGACCUGUGGGGUAUGAUGUUUAUCGUGAUCCUUCAGGAUAUGAGUAUGUUGAUCAAGCACAUUCGAGUUCUCAAAAAUCUUCAAAGAGGUUAUAUUCACAACUAUCCCAAACCUCAAAAAAUAGAGAAUUUGAUAAAUACAUUGUACAAUUUCCAGAUUACAUCAGACCGUUUAUUGAUGACAUUGUUGAUGUAAGAGAUGAUGGAAAUUGUGGGUUUAGAGCCAUUGCAUCUUUGCAUGGUUAUGGCACAGAUGGAUGUGAGAUCAUCGUUGGUGAUAUAAAUUUAGGACAACAACCACCAAAUAAAUGGAUGACAUUACCUGAGUUGGGCUAUGUAAUAGCUAAUCGGUAUAAUGUUGUUCUCGUCGCUUUAGGUCACCUUAGUUUGAGUUACUUUCCUAUGACGAGUGUACAUUCACCUAAUGCAUCCAUUUACUGCAUCGGAUUUGUCAAUGGAAAUCAUUGGGUUCAGGUAAACAUGAAUGAAGGAUUCCCGUUGCCACCUGUCACAACUGAUUGGAGGAAAUAUCGCACAAAAGAUGCAACUUCUUGGAUGGUAGGAUUAGCCGGGCGGUUACAACAUUGGCAACGGCUUAUGCCUAUACUGCCAAAAUAUGUCAGCUUAGAUUGA